AUGGUUUUUCAACAGGAUCCGAAAGAUGAUCAGCGACGCUACAACAUAGCGACAGCGAACGAGGUCGCUAUCGUUUACGUCGGGGAUGAGGAGGAUAUACCAGGAAAUCGGCUCUUGGUGGUGCACGAAACCACGGGCAAUUUACGCGUUAUUAGUUAUCUCGACAAGUUGUGCGAUCCUCUGACUUAUCCGCUGCUGUUCCCGUCGGGAGGAGAAGGGUGGCAUCCUCUCUUGAAUAAGCACAAUGCCAAUCCGACUGGCCGGACCCGCCUAACUCAGAAGGAAUAUUACUCCUAUCUUCUGUUUACAAGAGAUACCUUCUUCAACCCCCUACACCACGCCGGAAAAUUAUUCCAGCAAUUUAUUGUCGAUAGUUGGUUGAAAAUCGAGAUGAACCGCAUCAACUACAUACGACAAAACCAACGUCAACUUCGGCUCGAUACCGUUCAAGGUCUAGAAGAUUACAUGCUGAGUGACAACGUCAACGACGGCCCGCCAGGCCGCCGAGUGAUUUUGGCUGCGUCGUUCACCGGCAGUCCUCGAUACAUGAUUGCUCAAUACCAGGAUGCAAUGAGCAUUGUUGCCAGAUACGGUAAACCCGAUUUAUUCAUAACGUUCACCUGCAACCCGAAGCGGCCCGAGAUCGAGAACAACCUCUGUCCGGGCCAACGCGCCUCGGAUAGACCCGAUCUGAUAGCCCGGGUGUUCAACUUAAAAGUGAAGAGCCUAUGCCAUGAGGUGAUUAAGAAACAGGUAUUCGGUUCCGUCGCGGCCUUCAUCUAUGUCAUCGAAUUCCAGAAGCGUGGGCUCCCGCACAUGCACAUGUUGCUCACUCUGGAAAAUGAUUUCAAGCUUCGUACAGGUGCCGAUGUCGAUUCAAUCAUAAGCGCGGAAUUUCCUGAUCCUCACGAAUCUCCUGUGCUCCACAAUAUCAUUUCUUCUUGCAUGAUCCAUCGUCCAUUUGGUAGAGCUAACCCAAGUUCUCCCUGUAUGGUCAAUGGGAUGUGCUCGAAGCAUUAUCCCAAAGCCUUUCGGAACGACACCUCGAUAUACACCACAGGCUAUCCGGAAUAUCGACGCCGACAGGACGGACGAAAGAUUGUUUGUCAAGGCCAGGAGAUGGACAACCGGUCUGUGGUACCUUACUUACCCUACCUCUCAUUGCUCUACAACGCUCACAUUAAUGUCGAGGUUUGCGCCCUCAUACAUGCUAUCAAAUACCUGUUCAAAUACGUAUAUAAAGGUCCUGAUAGAGCGCGGAUCCGUCUGAAUAGUGCCACCGAUCAAGGACCUCACGACGAAAUCAAUUCUUAGUGGGACACACGUUAUGUGUGCGCACCAGAAGCAGCGCAUCGGAUACUCGGCUUCUCUAUGAGUGAUCGAAGCGACUGUGUGAUGAGACUGCAGGUUCACCUCCCAGGUUUCGAAACCGUCCGGUUUGAGCCAGGCUCCGAAGGACAAGCACUCCAAGAUGCCGUGAAUAGGCUGUCAACCUUGACAGCUUUUUUCAAGGAGAACAAAAGGUGUCAAGACAUUGAGAAUGACCAAGGAACCUUUCCUGCCAACCUACUCGAUUCCCGCCGAUUUCGCUACAACGAGAUGCCCGAAAAGUACACUUUCAGACAUCAAUGUUGGCAUCCGCGUAAACGCGCAGGAGAUCGUACAAUCGGACGCAUGUACUUCGUGAGCCCGCAAGAUCACGAGCGUUUCGCUCUACGUCUUCUUCUGUUGUACGGCACUGGCUUCACAUCCUUCCUCGAUGUACGAACUGUCGGCGGCGUCCUUCACCCAACCUUCGUCGAAGCCGCCAGAGCCAAUGGUUAUUUGCAAGACGAUUCGUUCUUCAGAAGUAGCCUGCAAGAAGCUGCCGGUCUCAGCAUGCCUUCACAAUUGAGGGGGUUCUUCGUGGCCCUGAUAAUGUUUGCCGAACUCCAUCCACCUCGCUCGCUGGAGCUUUGGCACGAAUUCAAACUUCAUUUCAUGGAAGAUUAUCUUCAUGCAGGACUGACUGAACAAGUCGCGGAAUCAAAAGCCUUCUACGACAUAGCACAACGCUUAUCGGACUUCGGAAAAGAUUAUCGCCUAAGCCUCCCUGUUGAUCUUCCCCGUUUCGACGACGUGACCAUUCCCGUCGAUCUGCAAUCUCAUCGCACUCAGGGGGAUAUCAACUACGCUCUCCUGAAUCCAGAGCAGAGGGUAGUGGUCGAUGACAUACUGCGCGCCUCUGAGUCUCCACGAGGUCAGUGUUAUUUCAUCGACGGUCCUGCUGGGAGCGGCAAAACUUUCGUUUACACAACCAUCUAUCACUUGGCGACAGCCAACGGUUUGACCGUCAUGAAUGUAGCUUGGACAGGAAUUGCUGCGAAUCUUCUGCCCGACGGUCGAACAGUAACUUCAACGUUCCGUUUGAAUGUCCACGACAACAGCAAGUCAUCCAACAUGAAACGUCAAUCGAAAGAAGCUCAGGCGCUCCGCUCCGUCGACAUCAUCAUCUGGGACGAAGCAGCGAUGGCCCCGAGAACAGCUCUCGAAUCUGUCGACCAAUUACUCCAGGACAUAAUGCAGAGCACGGAGGUGUUUGGAGGCAAGAUUCUGAUUCUCGGCGGAGACUUCCGCCAAAUUUUGCCCGUUGUAGAGAGAGGCUCACGUGCUCAGAUUGUGGAUGCUUGCUUGAAAAGCAGCCCUUUAUGGCGACUUUUCCAACCGUUCCAACUACGACAAAACAUGCGUGCCCGAGGUGACGACUUAUCCUUCCGUGAAUGGCUACUGGACAUAGGCGAUGGACGCUCACCCCCCGAUAUGCCGGUUCCAGUCGAUAUGCGAUGCCGAGGGAACUUGGCCGACGACAUCUUCGAGGGAAUUUCUGACCAGAAUCACGAUAUAGACUUCACUGAAGUUACCAUCCUCACUCCUCUCAAUGCGACAGCUCGCAAACUCAACGAAUACAUUCUCGAUAAACUUCCUGGCCUCAGAAGAACAUAUCUGAGCGAAGACGAGGCGAUGAUUGACGACCCCAGCGACGCCCUGAAUUUCCCUACUGAGUUCUUGAACCGACUUACUCCAACCACUCUCCCUCCACAUGAGCUUCAUCUAAAGGCUGGAAGUAUCGUCAUGCUGCUAAGGAAUUUGAAUGUGCGGAACGGUCUCUGCAAUGGUACGCGACUCAUCGUUACCGAACUUCACCAACGAAUAAUCGUUUGCAAAUUCGCCACAGGGCCGAAAAAGGACUCUUCUGUGAUUCUACCUCGCAUCGAUUGCUACCAUUCUCAUCAUACGCUGCCAUUCCGACUCCGCCGCAGACAAUUCCCAAUCCGCCUCAGUUUUUCUAUGACCAUUAACAAAUCACAGGGUCAAUCUUUCUCGCGGGUCGGGAUUGAUCUGAGCGACAUGAUUUUCUCUCACGGACAGCUUUAUGUUGCAUGUCCCGAGCAAGAAGCCGCAGCGGCGUGGUCAUCUCCUCUCCGGAAAAAUCGCAUGCGUAAUAUCGUCUACGAUGAAGUUUUCAAGUAA